AAAUAAUAGCUCACUCUCUGUUGAGGUAGGUAUGAAUGAAAGAUCAGCAGCAGCUGCCCAUAAGUGAUUCUCACUUUCAAAUGGGUGUGACUUAUAUUUCCAUUCAAACUAAUGAUUUAACAAUUCAGAAAUAAGAAAAUAAUUUUCAAUACUAGCCACUCAGAUCAUUUGAUUGAUCCAAUUAUAUGUAUCAAAUUGGUUUAGUCAACUAAAGGAAAUAAUAAUUUAAGAUUAUGUAAACAAAUGACAUUACUGCAUUCCAGACUCCAGUUUUAUUAGAAAAAACAUUCCAUACUCCAUUAAUAACAAACACAAAGCAAGACUAACAAAACAAUUGUGUCAACUUAAAAACACACAAGACUAUUAGUUGAAACAUUUGUUCGACUUUCUGAAACAUUUUUUCUUAAUUUUUUUUUAAAAAACCCUUUAUAAAAAGAUAUACACAUAUAGAGAUUAUAUUUAUGAACAAUUUCUCUUAGUAUUUAUAUUUUAUGGUUAUAAUUAAGAUUCUGUUAAGAUUUUUUUUCUUUUUGAAAUUUUAAACCGCAAUACGGAAGUUUCAAAUUUUAGAAGCGUAAAAAAUAAAUAAAAUUGAUGAAAGAAAAUAUGAGAGAGAAAUAUAAUUAAAUAAUUUAGAAAAUUGACAAAGAAAUAAUAGAAAAGAAACAAAUAAAGGUGGCAAGCAUGUAUAUAUAGUUAAGAGAUUGAUUGUUAAGUGGAUUAGCAAUUUAAGAGCUGUUGCUUCACCAUUAUCUGCUGGAUUAGCUUGAUUCUUAAUUUUCUCUUCUCUCUGAAUUAAUUUAUACCAAAACCCUAAUUUUUAAAAAUUGUUUCAACAGAAGAACAACUUAUAAAACCAGUUGUCCCUUCCAUGGCUUCUUCUUCUUCUUGAGUUUGGGAAGAGAACGUGUCAAAGUGAAAAGAGGCUGAAAACAAAAUUUUAUUCUUCCCACAAAAUUCUUCUGAGGAAGUCUUUGAAGUCUUUAUAUUUAGACUGAUUCAUCUUCUUUUAUAUAUAAACAAUUAUAUAUAAGCCAAGAUGGAUCAGAUGUCACCUGAUAACAUCAAUGGACUCAUUUUAGCAGUCUCUUCAAGUAUUUUCAUUGGAUCUAGCUUCAUCAUCAAGAAGAAAGGUCUCAAGAAGGCCGGUGCAAGCGGUGUCCGAGCAGGUGAAGGAGGGCACGGUUACUUAUCUGAACCAUGGUGGUGGGCUGGAAUGAUAACAAUGAUUGUUGGGGAAGUAGCCAACUUUGCAGCCUAUGCAUUUGCACCAGCUAUUCUAGUAACACCUUUGGGAGCUCUAAGUAUUAUAUUCAGCGCAGUGCUCGCGCAUUUCAUUUUGAAAGAGAAACUGCAUAUAUUUGGAGUGCUUGGUUGUGUUCUUUGUGUUGUUGGGUCUGUAACGAUAGUCUUACACGCCCCUCACGAGCAGGAAAUAGAAUCUGUCAAGCAAGUUUGGAAGCUUGCUAUUGAACCAAGUUUUCUUGUGUAUGCUGCUGUGAUUUUGUUUGCGGUGCUUGUACUGAUCUUCUACUGUGAACCGCGCUAUGGGAAGACUCAUUUGAUAGUAUAUGUUGGAAUCUGUUCUUUAAUGGGUUCUCUUACUGUUAUGAGUGUUAAAGCUGUGGCCAUUGCCAUAAAGCUGACAUUCUCAGGGAUGAAUCAGUUCAAAUACUUCCACGCUUGGAUUUUCAUUCUAGUAGUCGCUAUUUGUUGCCUUUUGCAAAUCAAUUACUUGAACAAGGCAUUGGAUACAUUCAACACAGCGGUCAUUUCUCCGGUUUACUACGUCAUGUUCACAACUUUCACCAUUAUAGCUAGUAUGAUCAUGUUCAAGGAUUGGGCUUCUCAGAGUGGAUUAAAGAUCGCGACAGAACUGUGCGGGUUUGUAACCAUUUUGUCAGGGACGUUUCUGCUUCAUAAGACAAAAGAUAUGGGAAACAGUGCAAGUGGUCGUGGAUCUGUCACUCUGCCUAGUAACACUCCUGUUUUCACCAACUCAGGAUCUGGUCGGAGCUCCAGCUCGGAAAAAAUACCCUCCUGAGAGAUUUUUUUGAUCAUCCAACGGUUUGAUCUAACGGUCCAGAUUCUUCCCUGUACGUAAACACGAGCACCUGAAAAAGAAAUUAGCCUCAAAACACAAGGAUGUGAGUGUUGGUAUGGUGAUGAUUUUGUUAGGAAUGUUUGACUGGUUGCUUUUCUUAUUAUUUUGUUUCACACAUGGUGAUAAUGUAAUUUUACGACUAAAGAUAAUUAACAACAAAAAUAUUCAUACGGUCAA